GCGUUGAUCAGCCCUCAUCAGCAGUGGAAGUAUUUAUUCCAGAAUUGGUUGAAAAAUGUGCUGAGGAUGAGACCAAAGAUGAGUACAGGUUUCUGUGGACUCAUGCUGGUCAGUUUAAAUGCGAAGUGACCAAGCUUAUUUUUGAGAUGGAAGGGGAAGGGGAAGUGCUGUACAGAAUAGUGUCCUGGGACAGCUGUCCGCUGGAUGGAUUAGGCCAAGAGGAGCCUGCAGGACCUCUGUACAGUAUUAACUGCCAAAAAGGUUCAAUCAGGAAACUACAUCUUCCACAUUGUGAGACCCGUAAAGAUGAUGUGAAACUGUCUGUGGCACAUGUGACUGGUGGUAAUGUGGAGAUCAUUCAGCCACUACAAGUAACAGACACGCAUGUUAUCAUAGACGUUCAAGGUUUCUCACUCUUCAGUCUCUUAAGAGACCUGAUAUUCAAAGAUUAUCCUAUUGAAGCCCAGGUUCUAGUGUUCGAUAUGAAUUUGAAAGGCAAGCACAGGAAAAAUAAACUGCACAUGCACCUUUUGCCAGGGAAUGUGCCAGCUGAAGAGGUGAAAAAGCAAGAGUGCAACAUGAGCAUGAGUGCUAGUUGCCAGCCAUACAUUGCAUCAAGAGCUACAUGUGAUCUGACUCCUGGUAAAGAAUACCGGCCUGUUUCUACAAAUACUCACCAUAAGAUUACAAUCCAACCAGAGUUUAAGAACUUUAAACGUGACUAUGGCUCCAACUAUCACCCAACAUUUGAGGUAUUCUGUAAUACUGACGUUGAUGAAGUCACUUUAGGUCUUUUGGAUGAAAAUAAGAAGGAGGUGUGGUCUCGCCUGGUCUUGCUUACAGGGGCAGCAUCAACCAACAUGGAUCUAGCAGGUAUGGCUGGGUAA